UUUGCACCUCGCACGUUGGAGCCGUAGUUUGAAGUGCUGAUUGAUAAGUAGGUAAGUGAUUAAUUAAAUAUUUCUAUGUAUCAGGUAGGUUUAUUUGUCUUUUAAGAAUGUUUUUACUGAUUUUUGAACGCCAAUCUUAUGAAUCAAUAAUAAUAAGUAUACCUACACGUUUUCUGUUCUAAAAUCAUAAUAAAACCGUUAGUUAUGGCUUCCCUUUCUACGUAAAAAACAAUCGAAAGUGUUGAUAUUUGUUUUAAUAUUAUACUAAUAACACACAUAUUUUUUUUWWAAAUAGUAUAGUUUUUAAUUGCUAUGUGAGAAAUAGCUUAAGAAAUUUUUCUUAGGUUUUGUGUCCAAUAAAUAAAUAAUAUAAUGGAUGAAGUGAGCAAAUUAAUUACCGAGUGGGGGUUCGAAAAAUAUAUCCCAACUUUCGAGAGUAAGUUUAUAUUUUUCCGACUUUUGUGUUUUUGCAUCUUUGUCUAAAUGUGGUCCAUUAUUAUUAAAGUAUAUUUUUAAAUUUAGAAGAAGAGAUAGAUAUGGAGGCAUUAAAAUCCCUAACAGAGAACAGUUUAAAAGAAUUAAUUCCCACUAUCGGACCAAGAAUAAAAUUUUUAAAUAAAUUAAAAGUGUUUAAAACGGAAUGUUUUAUUCAAAACGAUCCAAUAACACCAGAGACGUUAACGCUUUCGUCAGUCUCUUCACCUAUAGUAACGGAACAUUGUUCACCCUCGACAUCUGAACCGGUUUUACUAAUCGGUAACUUUGAGGGCACUGUUAAUGAAACAUGUACAGUAAGCAAGGAUACGCCUUCCUGUAGUACGACAGAUGAAGCUUGUCUUAUAACUGGGCAGGAAUAUUAUAAGCAGGCCUGCUCUCGCUCUUUUGCGUUUUUAGGUGAAGAAAAUUUAAAUAGGGCUUGCAGGAUGUCAUAUGACUUGGACUUGCAGCAAUUUUUGAAUGCGACAAAUGCCGGCCGUUUUGUUUUAGAAACUUAUUCGAAAACAAAAACAUUGACAACAAAAACUAGGAACAUGCUAGUGAAUUUGAUUAUUAACAGCGCAAUGGCUGAAGCUAGGAACGGAAAAUUAACUGCGGAGGAUUUUGAAAAUCUGUCUAACAAAAUUUGUGAUCUUUUUAAAUGUGAACAUACUGGAACGUAUUACAUUCCACGUUGUAGUGGAGCAGGGCCAUCUAAAAAAAAACCUGUGAAUGCGAAAGGGAAACUUGUGGAUAAAUAUAGAAAUUUAAAAAGACUGUACAAUAUUACCAAAGAUUAUAAAGAAAAUUUGGAAACCGAUAAUGAGUUGUCUAAUAAUCCUGUUACGGACGAUAUGGAUGCCAGUGCCAAAUGGUUAAAACAUUGGAAUGAACCUUUUGAUACUGUAUUAUUGCACUGGGAUAAUUCAUUUUAUAUGCGUCGUAAUAGCACGGUAAAAACUGUUGAUCAGUUUUUAAGCGAAUGGCCAAUUUUAAAACAUCAAGUAGCUACCGUACUAAUUGAUACGGAUUUUAAAAAAAUGUUUCCUAAUGCUGCAACCGAAAUGUAUUUAAAGUGGGAAUUAUUUUACAACAACCUGUUAGAAUGUCCAAAUAUAAAUAAGCCAGAUGAAAUUAUAAUGGCACAAUUAAAAAAUGAAAAAUUAUCAGAGGAUGGUAAGUGUGCCGUCCAAAUUACAGCUUUGCCCGUGUUGUUUCCUCCAAAAGGAAGAUCAAGAGUUAAGAAUAGUCACUGGAAGCCGAGCAUAUUGGAAUGCCAAGAAAGUAUUAUUAAUCAUGUUAAGAUUUCUGGAGAAAUAGAAAAUUUUAUCACCGAAAGAAGUCAUCACUUCAAGGCUCUCAGUAGAACUAUCCAACCAUAUAUGAUUGUUGUGGGGCCAACAGUAUCGGAAGUAACAGAGAGCUAUCUGAUUAUCGACGCCUACAUCUACAAAGCAAGUACAACCUUGCAAUGUUUUGAUUUAUUAUUUAAGACAUUUCAUGUACUGUGUGCGGAAUACCCCCCUGAAGCAGAACAUAUUUAUUUACUUAUCCAAAAAGUAAUUUUUGGGGUUUCAACACAAUGGGACAAGCAAAUACCUUACGUAAUGACCCUCGCAAAUAGCCUUUCUUUAUAAUUUUGUAUGAACUUUUAA